AUGGAGAUGUGGCGUUGGGUGCUGCUCUGGUCUUGGUGCUUGGCGUUGGAGCUCGGAGAAGCAGAUCAUGGAAUUGGGAAGGUGGUGGUUGUGGAGCUCGAAUUGGAGACAUGGGCAGAGGAGCGAUUCAGGAUGAGUCGACCAUUAUUUGUUCGUAUAAUGAAAGCAGUGGAAGAGCAUGAUGAAUACUUUCAACAGUUGAUAGAUGCAGCUCACCAUGUUGGACUUAGUUGCUUACAGAAAGUUACUGCAGCAUUUAGGAUGCUAACUUAUGGAGUACCAGCAGACGCUAUAGACGAGGUUGUGCGUAUUGGAGAAAGUACGGCCAUAGAAAGUCUAAGGAAGUUUGUUAAAGCUGUUAUUGAUGUUUUUGGGGAUGAGUACUUGAGGGCACCCAAUGAGAAUGAUAUAGCACGUUUACUUGCAAUUGGCAAAGAAAGAGGUUUCCCUGGUAUGCUUGAAGCUCCUAAAGUGAAGUAUAAGAUAAAUGGUCAUGAUUACACAAUGGGAUACUAUCUUGCAGAUGGCAUAUACCCAUCUUGGGCUACACUGGUUAAGACCAUACCUGAACCACGUGGUAGUAAGAGGACAUACUUUGCAAAAGCACAGGAAGCAGUACGAAAGGAUGUGGAACGAGCUUUUGGGGUGCUGCAGUCCUGUUUUGCUAUAAUUCGAGGGCCAGCUCGGUUUUGGGACGAUAAGACGCUGAGCAAAAUUAUUACAGCUUGUAUUAUCAUGCAUAAUAUGAUUGUCGAAGAUGAGGGAAUACUGGAUCCUGACGAACGCUUCGACGACGGAGGAGAUUGUGUUGAGCCCUCACAUGAGCAUACGGCAGAUUUCGAUGAAUUUAUUGAGAACCACUUGAAAAUUAGAAACAAGGAAAUUCACCAUCAACUUCAAGAAGAUCUAGUGGAGCAUCUAUGGCAACACCAUCCGGACCUUUAUAUUUAG